UCUUAUUUUACCAGAAAAGAAAAUUCCCGCCAUGGAUUUUGCCCAUCGUCUCCUCCUCUUCAUCUUCUCCCUCCUCUUCCUUGUUCCCGCCUCUUCUCUCGCUGUCCAACGCUGCAGCCCAAAAGACAAAAAUGCCCUCCUCGAUUUCAAAAAUAGCUUCUCCAACCCCAACGUCCUGCUAUCCUGGACGCCCGAGACGGACUGCUGUAACUGGUACGUCGUCGAUUGCGACGAGAAGACCAACGUCGUCACUGGCCUCACGAUAACGUACGGCGAGGUCGCAGGGCGCAUCCCCGACGCCGUCGCACGCCUCACCCACCUCCAAACCCUCCGCCUCAAGAAGCUUCCCAACCUCAUUGGGGAAAUCCCACCGUCCAUCGCAAAUCUCACCAACCUCGUCAGCCUCCAGCUCAGCUGGACCAAUAUCUCUGGUCCAGUCCCCGCAUUUCUCGCCAAUCUCCGAAAUCUCGAAUUUCUCGACCUCUCCUUCAACAAACUCUCCGGGUCGAUUCCGCCCACCCUCGCGAAUCUCCCCAAGAUACUCGAGAUCCGGCUCGACCGUAACCGGCUGACCGGUUCGAUACCAGAAGCUUUCGGUCAUUUCACGGGGACCGUACCGGAUCUCAAAUUCUCGCACAACGGGCUUUCGGGUGAUAUACCGGCAUCUCUCGGUAACAUGGAUUUCAUGCGGAUCGAUUUCUCGCGCAAUAAUCUCGUGGGCGACGCUUCGAUGCUGUUUAACGCGUCGAAGAAGACGCAGCAGAUCGAUAUCUCGCGAAAUAUGCUUGAAUUCGAUUUCUCGAGAUCGGGAUUCCCGCCCGGCACGCUGAACGUUCUGGACAUCUCGCAUAACAAGAUUCGGGGAAACAUUCCGUCGCAGAUAACGGACGCCAUUUACCUGCAGUUCUUGAACGUGAGCUACAACCGCAUGUGUGGGGAGAUCCCGCAGGGGUGGAAGCUGAAAUACCGGGCCGAGAAAUUCGAUUACUCGUCUUUCUUCCACAACCGUUGUCUAUGUGGGCCCCCACUCCAAGCGUGUAAAACUGAUGGCAUAUGAUGUCCAUGUGGGGUCUAAGCGUGUAAAACUUGUAGCAAAUGAAUAAAUAUCUGGAAUUUUGAGGCAAUGAGUAGCAUGUUCUAUUUGA